GGCUUUUGAGCUGAGCAACAAGUUCAGCCCUGCUUGUAAAAUAGUCAGUGGCUGUUAAGCAACUCAUGAGGAAAGAACACAUUGGAUGUGUUCAAGGGGUGAUUUAGCAUCACACUGUAUUCCCAACGUUGCAGGAAGAGCAGCAAUCUGGCCUGAAUCUCUCAGCCCUCUGGUGUUACCAACAAUGGCAUUCCAUUGUGGAAUUGUCUCCUUUCUCUUCUCAAUCUGGGUAGCAAACUUCAUGAUACAAGGGACAAUUCUUCUGACAGAUAUUAACAUGUCAAACUGCAGAAUUGCUGGCGUAACUCUUGUUGCAGAUAACAAAAAAAAUAAUUUUGAUUUUGCUGAAGCAAAAUCAGUUUGCAAGAAGCUGGGAUUAACGCUAGCACAAAAAUCCAAGAUUGAAACUGCUCGGAAGCAUGGCUUUGAAACCUGCAGUUUUGGCUGGGUAGCAGAAGGCUAUGCUGUCAUUUCUCGGAUAAUUCCAAAUGAAAAAUGUGGUCAGAAUAAAACUGGGAUCCCCAUCUGGAGAAUACCCCAGAACAAGAAAGCUCGGGUUUAUUGUCACAAUUCUUCAGAUACGUGGAUUAAUUCAUGCAUCCCGGAAGUAAGCACAGUUGUGUUACCAGACAGUUCUACUGAGACGAAUUCCACUUCAACAGCCUCAUUUCAGGACACCACAGCAGGGGUUGAAACAACUCAAUUACUACGAACACUGAAGCCCCAAAACUAUCGUAUUGUAUGUGUGACAGAAACUUUAACAAGCAAACCUACUUCCAAGAAGGAAAAUCUGCUUUUCACUGACAAACGAACUGCCUUUAAAAAUGAUGGUGCCCCCUUUGGAGCCAUACCUAUUGUGCUUCUGGUGCUUGCCCUCUUCUUCUUUGCAGCUGCAGUGGUUUUAGCAGUCUGCUAUGUCAAAAAAUACAAGAAAAAGUCUAUAUUUUCAAACAAGGAGAAGAAAGAUGAAAUUGAAACCAAGAACAUCAAAGAAAUAAAUGCAAAAAGCCAACCUCCAGAGCAGGGCCCAAAGAAUGAAAAAAAGGAAGAACCAGAAGCCAAGCCUGAACCACCAGUAAAAUGUUUGGAAGCAGAAGUUUAAGACAGAGCAUCUAAAUGAACAGACGCCACAUGAACAAAUGGCAGAAAUUAAUUAAAGUUUAUAAAUUGAUAAUUGUAAAUACCACCAAAGUCAGUAUUAGAUGUGUCGUACAAACACUUUGUACCUCAUAUAUAUUAGCUUACACAUUGUCAAUAUACAAAUCAUCUUCCUUACAGUAACACCUAUACAGCGCACAUUUUCAGUUUUGCUGCAAGACUUUGGGGCAGAGGGGAUGUUUUCCAAAACACGAAUUCAGACAUGCAAUUCAAACAAACAAACAAAAAAUUAGGAUUUUUUCUGUUGUUAUACAAAGGAUUUCAUGGAGAACCCUGAAUAUGUGAACUAAAUUAAGCAGAGAAACAGCUCCUGUAUUUUUCAAAUGAUGGUAGCUUUAAAAUAUGUCUCUACUGUGGGGUCAUCAUAGAAUUUCAAAAAUGGAAAGAGAGAUGGAAAAGAGCGAGUGGAAAUGUCUGAUUCACAUACAGUAGAAGAAUCCAGCACAAAUUGUUACAUAGCCACAGAAGAUUUAUGAUUUGAUUCCAGUUUCUGUCUCUUCUUGCCUUCUUUUUAAAUAUGGAAAAAAGUAAAAAAUGAUGACAAUACAAUCUGUUAAUUGUAUUUCUUUUUC